AUGAUUUGCCGGGAGUUGGGAUGCAAUAAUCUAACAUCAUUAAAUGUUGGAAAUUCAGAGAUAGAUGGAGAUCCUAAAUGGCUUGACAAUGUGAGAUGCAGACCACGUGAUUCUUAUCUGCGGCAGUGUCCAUCCUCACCCUGGGGCAAAAACAAAUGCAGUAAUGAUGAGGUGGCCGUUAUCACCUGUUCAGGAAAGAAGGAAAAAGAAAACACCGUCCUGCAGAGUUGUUCAGAGAACCCCACACAAGAGCACUGUCCAGAGCUGAGACUGGUUGGAGGAUCAAAUUGUUCUGGGCGAGUGGAAAUAAAAUAUGAUGGCUCCUGGGGUACUGUCUGCAAUGACUCAUGGGACUUGAAGGUUGCCCAGGUGGUCUGUAGACAGCUGGGCUGUGGAGAGCCAGCGAGCGCAGAUCUGGAAUUUGAUGGAGGGAUUGGCAUCAUUUGGUUAAACAAAGUGAACUGCAUUGGCCUCGAGUCUUUCUUAGACUUUAAAAUAGUAAUGGCGAUGGAUGAACUCCUCCCUGUCUGUGAUGCUGUGUAUGAGGAAAUUGACUACAAACUGGCCAGACAGGGCACCUAUAGAGCACCUCGUAAAGGAAGCCUUUUGUCAGAUGAGCUGCCCUAUGACUAUGAGGAUAUCGAGGACAGUGAGAAUGAACACAUCUCAGAUAACAGUGUUCCUGAUGAAGUGCCUUACAACUAUGACGAUGUUGAUGAAUUUGUGGAUCACUCCCAAGCAGACAGUCAAAAUCUGAAGCUGGUGAACGGCAGAGGACCGUGUGAGGGGAGAGUGGAGGUGCUUCGUAACGGGCAGUGGGGCACCGUGUGUGGUUAUAGCUCGGACUGGGACAUGAAGGACGCUGCCGUCGUGUGCAGACAGCUGGGCUGUGGGGAGGCUCUGUCAGCACCACUCUAUGCUCACUUUGGAGGGGGAACUGGGCGAGUCUUGAUGAGUAGUGUUAACUGUAAAGGACAGGAGUCUGCGCUGAAGGACUGUCAAAGUGAUACCGACUCCUGCUAUAACAAUCACGAUCGCGAUGUGAGUGCGGUGUGCUCAGGUACUGGUGCCCGUUUAGUUGGUGGCAGCAGCUCCUGCUCUGGGAGACUAGAAAUGUUAGAUGGUUACAGCUGGAAGAGCAUCUGUGAGGCCAACUUUAAUCAGAUGGCCGCUGAGGUUGUCUGCCGUGAACUGGGUUGUGGAGCUCCCAAAAAAUAUCAGGGAGGAAUGUUUGGUCAAGGAAGUGGUACAGUUUGGGAAAAAAAGAUUCAGUGCAGAGAAAGUGAAAAAAAGAUUUUUGACUGUUCAUCACCAAACAGCGCAGCAGGGCGUUGUACUAAAAGGAACGAUGUUGGACUUGUUUGUGUUCCUUGCAGACUAGUGAACGGUUCUGAUUCUGAGUGCUCUGGACGAGUUGAACUUUACUAUGACCGUAGGUGGGGAACAGUCUGUGAUCGCUACUGGGACCUGCAGGACGCCAGUGUUCUCUGUAACCAGAUAGGCUGUGGAUAUGCAAUUGAAGCCCCUGGACAGGCCAGGUUUGGAGAAGGCAAAGGAGAAAUAUGGAGAGAUAAUCUUCACUGUGAGGGAGAUGAGACUGACCUGACAAAGUGCCCAGCUCUUGAUUACGGACGUGAGGAGUGCACACAUAAGAAUGAUGCCGGUGUUAUUUGUUCUAACCAGAAUUUUGGAGUUAGACUGUCAGGUGGCCCCAGUCGAUGUGAAGGAUGGGUGGAAGUUUAUUACAAGAAGGACUGGGCAAGAGUCAUGAUGGAAUCCUGGAGUUCCAGAGAUGCCACAGUGGUGUGUAGACAACUUGGCUGUGGCACUAGGACUCAAAUGCCAAAUUCUUCACAAUACAAGAAGAGCAGUAAAACUGUGUGUCUAAAAGGCUUUCUGUGUUCUGGGAAUGAAAAACAUUUGGGGUCCUGCAGUCAACCGAAGGAAAACAAAUGUGUAGGUAGUGCUAAUGCUGCAGUCCAAUGUGUUGAUCAUUUGGACCUCAGGCUGACUAAUGGAACAAGUGUCUGUGAUGGAAGACUGGAAAUAUUCUAUAAUGGAUCCUGGGGGACAGUGUGUGAUGAUUCCUGGGAUUUACCAGAUGCAAAUGUAGUUUGCCGGCAGCUCCAGUGUGAGGCAGCUGUAGAAGCCAUAACUCCAGUCUCAUAUGGACCAGGAAGUGGACACAUUUGGCUGGACGAUGUGCACUGUCAGGGGAAUGAAUCAUCUCUCUCGAUCUGUACACAUCGCGGAUGGGGACAAAAUGACUGCAGGCAUAAGGAGGAUGUGGGAGUAAAUUGUACAGAAUUCAAGAUACUACGGUUAACAGAUGGCUGCUCUGGACAACUUCAGGUUUUCUAUAAUAACUCAUGGGGCAGCGUCUGUGCAAAUAACAUGGAUAAAGCAACUGCUGCCAAGUUCUGUCAGGAAUUGGGCUGUGGAAGACUUAAGUCUGAUGUUAAAGAAGAAUUAUCAAAGCUGGACCUUGAUCCAAAAUGGCUGGACAAUGUGAGAUGUAGAGGACAUGAGGCUUCCGUCUGGCAGUGUCCCUCUUCUCCCUGGGGUAAAAAUACAUGCACUAGGACUGAAGUGGCAGCAUUCAAUUGCACAGGAACUAUGAAAGUCAGCACCAAUAACCCAAAACCCUGUUCAGAGGAUCUCACUCAGGAGCGCUGCUCAGAGACCCUAGACUUGAGACUGGUUGGAGGAACUAAUAACUGCUCAGGGCGAGUAGAAAUAAAGUAUGGAGACACAUGGGGCACAGUCUGUGAUGACGACUGGGACAUGAAGGACGUGAAGGUGGUCUGCCAACAACUUCGUUGUGGGGAACCCGUGAGUGCAGAACUGGAGUUUGGAGGAGGACGUGGUGUCAUCUGGCUAAACAAAGUGAGGUGUAGGGGCACCGAGGCCCACCUGUGGGACUGCCAACAUGAACCACUAGGAAAGAAUGACUGUGAGCACAAGGAGGAUGCAGGAGUGAACUGCACAGGAUUUGCACAGGAUAACAAGACUCCAAUACCAAAAGAAGUCUCCAAUAUCAAGGGUUCGAAAGAGCAGCCCAUCCUCAUGAUUGUCUGUAUUGUCCUCGGAGCGCUUCUCUUCCUAAUAACAGUCCUGCUGGUUGGUCAGCUUCAAAGAAACCGGACGCUAAAGAAAGGAAUGGCCAUGGAUGAACUUCUUCCCAUCAAUAAUGCAGUCUAUGAGGAAAUUGAGUAUAAACUGGCCAGACAGGGGACUUAUGGAGCACCAAGAAAAGGGAGCUUUCUGUCUGAUGAGCUACCAUAUGACUACGAGGACAUUGAGGACGAUGACCAAGACCAUGUUCUAGGUAGGAAACUGGCUUCGUUGGAUGGCCCUGGCUACUAUGAUGAUACUGAAAUAGGAAAAACAGAAGACCUGCCAGAAAACAUCCCUCAUGAUGAGCUGCUUUACAACUAUGACGAUGUUGAGGAACCCUUAGAAUACUCCACAAUCGAUGCCAAAGAUCUGAGGCUGGUGAACGGAAGACGGCCGUGUGAGGGGAGAGUGGAGGUGCUUCGUAGUGGAGAGUGGGGCACCGUGUGUCAUUAUGGAUGGGAUGAGAAGGACGCUGCUGUGGUGUGUAGACAGAUGGGCUGUGGGGAGGCUCUGUCAGCAACAUACAAUGCUUACUUUGGAGAGGGAACUGGGCCAGUCUUGAUGAGUUAUGUUUACUGUGAAGGACAGGAGUCCGUGCUGAAGGACUGUACAGCGGAUACGCAGGAUCUUGAUGACUGUACUAAUGCUUACGACGCGGGUGUGAGGUGCUCAGGGUCACAGAGGACUGGAGCCUUUUCAGGCAGCACUGGGCACACAGCAGGAACCAAAUAUGAGUGGGCGAUAGUCUAUUGUACUGGUGUACGUUUAAUAGGUGGUAGCAACUCCUGCUCUGGAAGACUAGAGGUGUUACGAGAUUACAGCUGGAAGAGCAUCUGUGAGGCCAACUUUGAUCAAAGGGCAGCUGAGGUUGUCUGCCAGGAACUGGAAUGUGGAUCUCCAAAAGAAUAUCGAGCGGGAAUGUUUGUUCAAGGAAGAGGUUCAGUUUGGGAGACAAGGAUUCAAUGCAGAGGAAAUGAAAAAAACCUUUUUGAUUGUCCAUCCUCAAACACCUCAGUGGGGCGUUGUGCUACUGAAAGGAAUGAUGUUGGCCUUGUUUGUGUCCCUAUUUUCUUCAGUUCUGUCCUUUUUAUUUGCUCCACAGCUUACAGACUGGUGAAUGGCUCCAGCUCUUGCUCUGGUCGAGUUGAACUUUAUUAUGGCCGACAGUGGGGUACCAUCUGCGAUCGCUACUGGGAUCUGCAGGAUGCCAGUGUUUUCUGCAAUCAAAAAGGGUGUGGAUAUGCAAUUGAAGCCCCUGGACAGGCCAGGUUUGGAGAAGGUCAAGGAAAAAUCUGGAGAGAUAAUCUUCAGUGUGAGGGCAAUGAAUCUGACCUGACAAAGUGCCCAGCUCAUGAUUAUGGACAAGAGGAGUUCACACAUAGAAAUGAUGCUGGUGUUAUUUGUUCCCGUGGAGCAAUGGCUCUGUGGAUAGGGAUCUGCGCCAUCAAUUGGAAGUGCAUGCUCCCAACCUAUCUGUUCUCAAUCUGUCCAGGCAAGAAUUUUGGAGUCAGACUGUCAGGUGGCCCCAGUCGCUGUGAAGGAUGGGUGGAGAUUUACUACAACAAGACCUGGAUGAGAGUUGUCAGUGAAUCCUGGAGUGACAGAGAGGCCACAGUGGUGUGCAGACAACUUGGCUGUGGCUCCAAGACUCAAAGUCCAAACCCAUCAAAAUACAAAAGGGGAAAGAACUUGUGUCUAAAAGGACUUCAGUGCUCAGGGAAUGAAGAACAUAUGGGGAACUGCAGCCAUCCACAGGAAUUCAAAUGUGGAGACAAUAUUGAUGCAGCAGUUCUGUGUGCUGUAUCACAUAGCUUUCAAUCUGAAUACAUAUUCCAUUGUUAUUUGUAUGUAGUGAAUUGUUACACAUUAGUGUCUCUCAUUUCUUGUCCAGAUCACUUGUCUCUUAUGCUGGCUGAUGGACGAGGCAUCUGUGAUGGAAGACUGGAGAUUUUCUACAAUGGAUCCUGGGGUACAGUGUGCGAUGACUCAUGGGACUUAGCUAAUGCGAAUGUGGUUUGUCGGCAGCUCCAGUGUAAAUCACCUGCAAAUGCCACUGCACCAGUCUCAUAUGGACCAGGAAAUGGACACAUCUGGCUGGACGAUGUACACUGUAAGGGGAAUGAAUCAUCUCUGUUGGAGUGUGGACAUCAAACAUGGGGGCAGCAUAACUGUAGGCAUAAGGAGGACGUGGGAGUACACUGUUCAGAAUUCAAGAUGCUGAGGUUAACUGAUGGCUGCUCUGGACAACUUCAGGUUUUCUAUAACAACUCUUGGGGCAGUGUAUGUGCUAAUGACAUGGAUAAGAGCACUGCUGCCAUGAUCUGUAAAGAAUUAGACUGUGACAUUCUUAAUCCCAGUGUUAAAGAAGGAUUAUCAAAAUUGGACCCUGAUCCAAAAUGGCUGGAUAAUGUGCAGUGUAGAGGACAUGAGGCUUCCAUCUGGCAGUGUCCCUCUUCUCCCUGGGGUAAAAAUACAUGCACUCAGAAAGAAGUAGCAGAAUUAUAUUGUUCAGGUAAAAUAAAUAAGUAUUUUUUCUAUAUAUUCUGCACACUAGAGUAAAACUAUAAUACAAAUAAUAUGACUGUGUGGAAGAUCAGCGUCGACACAGACAGACACGGACUCCAGAUGUUGAAAAGCACACACGUUUUAUUCCUGGGCACACAACACCAUACUCAGCCCAAUACAGCUCACAGUCCUUUAGACUUCCUAUUCUUCUGCCGCCUCCACUCCUCCCGUCGCAAGCUCCAUCCUUGUCCACCUGACUCCGGCUCUCCGAAUGGAGUGAGGUGGCACCUUUUAUGGCACACCCGGAUGUGCUCCAUGUGCUCCCUGAUGAU